CGAGAAAGAGAGAAAAAAAGAGAGUCAAAAACGAAGGCCCAGAUCGCGCUCGGUGAGAGCUUGGCCAUGGCGAUCCCUGCAGCGCUGGUCGUGCUACCUCUCGGCGUUCUCUUCCUGCUCUCGGGGCUGAUUGUGAACCUCAUUCAGGCUGCGUUUUUUGUGACGGUGCGGCCGUUCUCGAAGAACCUGUAUAGGAGAAUCAACAGAGUGGUGGCUGAGCUUCUGUGGCUGGAGCUUGUUUGGCUUGUGGAUUGGUGGGCUGGGGUUGAGGUCCGAGUCUAUGCCGAUUCUGAAUCUUUCGAGUCCAUGGGUAAAGAGCAUGCACUUGUCAUUUGUAAUCACAGAAGCGAUAUUGACUGGCUUGUUGGUUGGAUUUUAGCUCAGCGUGCAGGUUGUCUUGGUAGUACCUUGGCUGUCAUGAAGAAAUCAUCCAAGUUCCUUCCGGUCAUUGGUUGGUCAAUGUGGUUUGCUGAAUACCUCUUUUUGGAGAGGAGUUGGGCCAAGGAUGAAAUCACAUUGAAGUCAGGUCUGCAACGCUUGAAAGAUUUCCCUCAGCCAUUUUGGCUGGCUCUCUUUGUUGAGGGGACUCGAUUUACACAAGCAAAGCUUUUAGCAGCCCGAGAGUAUGCAGCUUCUCAAGGAUUGCCAAUACCUAGAAAUGUUUUAAUUCCUCGUACCAAGGGUUUUGUUUCCUCUGUAAAUAUUAUGCGGACAUUUGUCCCGGCAAUUUAUGAUGUGACAAUUGACAUACCAAAAGAUAAGCCUCCACCAACAAUGCUCAGAAUUUUGAAGGGGCAAUCAGCAGUGGUUCAUGUGCACAUGAAACGGCAUGCAAUGAGUGAAUUGCCUGAGACGGAUGACGGUGUGGCUCAAUGGUGUAGAGACAUAUUUGUCGCAAAGGAUGCUCUCCUAGAUAAACAUAUCACAGAAGGCACUUUUGGUGAAGAAUAUUAUAAACCCAUUGGUCGGCCAAAAAAGUCAUUACUGGUUGUCAUAUUCUGGUCCAGCAUUUUAUCAUUUGCCUUGUUUAAGUUCUUCAAAUGGUCUUCUCUCUUCUCAACAUGGAAGGGGAUUGGUUUCUCAAUGCUGGGUUUACUAAUUGUCACAGUCAUCAUGCACAUCUUUGUACUCUUCUCUCAGUCCGAGCUCAACCCCGCUAAAGUGGCACCCACCAGGCCGAAGAAGAGUGAGGGCCAACAGACCUGA